AUGUUUAGUUUAAUAAUGUAUCGAAUAUUAUUCAUUUUUUUCGAUAUACUAUCAUUCAACAAUUAUAGUACAAAUGGAUUUAUAUUACAUUUACCACUGAGCAUCUCUAAUUUAUCAACAUCACAAUUAACCAAUCAAUCAUUAUAUACAGAGGAUCUUACAAUCAAUAAUACGAAUGUUUUCAAUGAAAGCAUUCUUGAAAAAACUUAUCAGAAUCAAACAGAAGAAAUAGAAGAGGAAUUAUUUGUCAAAGGUAGUGCUGGUGUAUGGGUUAUUAGUGUAAUGAGUGGGACAUGUAUAUUAACAAUUGCAUUUAUUGUUAGAGGUUUAUUCUCACGAGCUGAAGCAUUCCAUGAUGGUACAGAAAAUCACCAUGGUACAGAUAUUAAUGGUGGUUUCAUUGGAGGUAAUGGAUUCGCUAGUGGUGGAGCAGAUAUGGGUUUUUUAACAACAAAUAUGGUAUGA